CCAUGGAGAAGAACCCCUAUACCCUGGCCAAGCUGGGCCUGGAGAGCCAGGCUACGCUGCGCCCGCAGCGGGACUGCGGAUUCUACGCCAAGUACGUCUUCCUCUUCCUCUCCCUCAUCCAGUUCCUCAUCAUCCUGGGCUUGGUCCUUUUCAUGCUCUACGGCAACCACUGCGCCACCACGGACGACCAUCUGGAGGUGAUGUCCAGGUGGCUGCAACAGUGCCAAGUCCAGAAGGGGGCCCUCACCAAGGAGAAAGCUAACCUCACCAACCUGCUGAACGCCAGCCGCUCCGAAAGCCGCCAGGUCACGGGCCAGCUGAGCCGGCUCAAUAACACCAUCCGGCUCUGCAGUGCGGAUAAGCUGAAGAUUCAAACGCAACUUCGUCAGUCUGACAACAUGGCCCAGAGCGCCCGGGUGUGCUACGAAGUUCUGAAUUACUUCAACGCUACCUAUCCAGACAAAGUGAGCAACCUUGAAGUUCAGCUGAAGAACCAGGCUUUGCUGGCCGAACUGGAGCAGAAGCAGCUGGCCCAGGAGAACCAGCGCCUGCAGGCCCAAGCCAAGAAAGCGGAGCAGGAGGAGGUGGCCUGCCAGCAAAAGGUGCUCCAGCUCCAGACGCAGGUGCAGAAAGUCGGGGAGCUGGAGAGCCAGGUGACCAGCGAGAUGCAGUCUGCCAGCCAGAGCAUGAAAGACGCCGUGGGCAGGGCGCUGCCCAGCCAGACCUUCUGGAGCUGCAACACAGAGGAGGUCCGCAGCCUGCACACCACCUGCCUCAAUCUCUCCAAGCAGCUGGACGGCUACGUGGCCGCCCUGGGCCAGCGGCUGGAGGAAAGGGUCAACGCCGUGGCCAGGGAGAACGCCGUGCUGCAGAAAGAGAAGGCGGCCUGCUCCCACGAGCGCCAGGAGCUCCACGCCAGACUCACGGCGCAAGAGCAGCGUGCAACGCAGGAGAGGGACGCCCUCCAGCUGGCCUGCAGCACCGAAAAGACAAAAAUCUACAUCGAGCAGCAGAAACUCUUCGGCGAGAAGGAAACCCUACGGCAGGAGGUGGACCGGAUCAAGCAGAAGUGUCUGGUCCCCUCCCUGUCCAACCCCGUCAUGAGGGUGCCUGGAGCUUUGGGUGGCACCAACCCCAUCGCCAGCUUCCCCGCGAACUUCAACCCUGUGGGGGCACCGAACACCUUCAAUCCACAUUGGUCGAGGACUGGAGGAGUGCCCGUCUUCCCUAGUGCAGUCCGCGACCAGGGGCCGCAAGGAAACCUGCCUGCUCCUCGCAGCUUUGCCCCAGUCGGGAAUAUCGGCUCCCCCAGGACUUCAAGCCGCAGUGGCUAUGACAAGCUGGAAGAUGGCAGGAAGCCAAUUGGAGCAGACACAAUUCCCCCUGCCCAGCAGUCCCCAAUGAAGCCCGCUGGAGAACCCAGGUGCUUGUCAGAACUUGUGCUACCUCAGUGGACCCCAGCCACCCACGGCAAGGGCUUGGAGAGGGGUCGGGGCGCCUUCACGGCCUUCCCCGGCAUCCGCAGCGGGCCGCAGGCAGGGCCGGCUCGCCCGCUAGGCAGCAUAGGGGGUUGCCUAGGGCGCCGGGAGGAAGGUGCACCAAAUGAGGGUCCCCCCCCCGCCGGGUUCCCCCCCCCCGGCCGCCCCUUCCCACCGUCCCCGGCGGCGCGCACCUCGCGCGUAAAAACUGCGGCCGCUUUGUUGGAGGAGGGCGGCCACGAGGAGCGCCCCCCGACGGGCGCAGCCAGGGGGAGACCCCGGCCCGCCGCAGCCCCAGGCGAGACGAGAGCCCCCCGCCCCCCUGUCUGGCCUCCCCCGGGAAGGCGCCCCCCGCAGGGCGGGCAGCGCAACGGCGCCCCUCGACGGCCCGGUUCUAUGCUGCCUGCGCGCCCCGGUGGGCCCCUCCAGCUCUCCAAGGCGCACUCACCCAGGACGCCGGGCGCCCCCGCUGCUGCAGCCGCCGCCUCGCCCUCCGCCGCCCCCGGCCCGCUCUCGGGCAUCGUGCGCCGCCUUCACGCCCCACACCGCAUUGCAAGGGCAGCCCGCCCGCCCGCCCGCCUCUCCGCCUAG